GAUCAUUUUUCGCGACAUGAACGAUUGUCUGUCAUCGAACGCGAUCGCCGGCCGCGUUGCUCACUUGGCGAGAGAUAAGGAGGAGAAACGUGUUCAAGAGCGUCGGCGCCAUCUUAUUUAUCUUAUCGCUGCCUUUUUACGGGAUCAAGGAUAUUCUAAUACCGCGGAGAGCCUGAAUAAAGAAGCUCAGCUGUCCCGAGAUAUUCAAGUAUGCGAUAAUAUCGACCUGGAGACUAUUAUUCUUGAAUAUACCGAUUAUUAUCAUGCCAAGUACAACAGGUAUCCGAAAUUAUGUAAGAAGGCGGAAGCAAUCGCAAAUGUGGCACAGAACGUCAAUAGAAAAGAGAAAAUCACAAAGAUUUCUAAUUCGAAGCAAGAGGAUAGUCGUCUUACGGAGGAAUGUAACAAUACUGCAAAAAAUAAAAUCGCACAAAAACAAUGCGCUUGGGACGAAUUGAAUCUCGGUAUUACGGUGACGCCAAUUUUUCCUGCGGAAAGUGGCGAUCGAGUUGCCAUACAAAUGCCAAUGUACAACGAAAUUGUCAUCGAUAAUGAAAGACUAUUGAAACCUAUCGGUGAUCUUUAUCCACUCGGAUCCGAAUUCAAGGAAAUCGCCGACGUUAUAUCACGGGAAAUCUUACAACAAAAGUUGAACGUUCAUUGGGACGAUGUAAAGGGACUAAAGAAUUGCAAGACAUUAUUAAAAGAAGCUAUAUUGUAUCCCAUAAAAUAUCCAAGUCUGUUUAGCGGGAAACUCGGUUCUUGCAAAGGUGUAUUGUUAUACGGUCCACCAGGAACUGGCAAAACAAUGCUCGCGAAGGCGGUUGCCACCGAAUGUCAAUCGACCUUUUUUAAUAUCACUUCCAGCUCCGUUAUUAGCAAAUGGAGAGGCGACUCCGAAAAAUAUAUUCGCGUACUCACCGAUCUUGCUAAACAUUAUGCGCCUACGAUAAUCUUUAUCGAUGAAAUCGACUGGACAACCACGAACAACACGGAUUACGGCUCGUCGAGCUCAGAACCUGCUAGAAGAUUUCGAGCGGAACUUCUCGCCAGACUGGACGGAUUAUUAUCAAUGGAUUAUACAAAUGUAAUAUUAUUAGCAGCUACAAACGUUCCCUGGAAUAUAGACGUUGCCUUAUUGAGACGUUUAGAAAAGCGAAUUUUUGUGGAUCUACCCGACGAAACUAGUCGAUUAGAAAUAUUACGAUUUUAUGUGCGCGACAAUUUGCAUGAUUCACCGGAAAUGUUUAAACUCGCGCAAGAAACUGCGGGAUAUUCUUGCGCGGAUUUGAAAUUGCUAUGCAAGGAAGCAUGGAUUAGUCAAUUACGACCUAUUUGGGAGAGUCUCGAGACCAAAGCGAUUUCUGUAAGCGAUAUUCGGAACGACGGUCUGAUCAAUGUAAUGAAUCACUUUGUGUUCGCAAAACACAAUGUGAAACCAACUACCAAGCAUAUAAAUGCGCAAUAUAUGGAAUGGCAUAAACAAUUUGGUUCUUCUAAAUAAGUAGGAAAGCGGGAUUCAUAUUUAUGAUAAAAAAGGUAAAUAUAUAUGUAAUAUGUAUAAUAAAUAGACAUGUGAUGACACAAAUGAUAUGUAUAAUAAUUAGAUCAAUUUUUUUUCUGUGAAAGUAAUAUUUUGAGUACUUCAGAUAUCACAUAAGAUUUCUAUUAAUC